UCCGGAGACGUGUUGUGAAGGGUUAAGCGGGCCGGCGGAUGACAUCACCUCAUUUACAUAGGAGCUCGCAUAUAGCUACGCCCUCUGCAUCCCGCCCAGCACUCAGCAGCGGCCACUGCGUAGACUGGUUUCUACCUCCUCGCGCUUCUCUCGGCUUCCUUUGCAAUCAUGUCUGACAAACCCGAUAUGGCUGAGAUUGAGAAAUUUGAUAAGUCGAAAUUGAAGAAGACAGAAACGCAAGAGAAAAAUCCACUGCCUUCAAAAGAAACGAUUGAACAGGAGAAGCGAGCAGGCGAGUCGUAAUGAGGCUGUCACCGCCAGUAUACUCUGUACAUUCCGCAAGCACUGCCUUCUUGUUUUACUUUUAGCUGUUUACCUUUUUAAGAUGCAAAAAGAUUGGAUCAAGUUUAAAUGAUUGUGCUACCCCUUUUCUCAUCAAAAAAAGGAGAACUACUGACACGAAGGCCGCGCCUGCCUCUUCCAUCUACUUGUCUGGGUGCCAGGGAAGGAAAAGAACUUGCAUGUUGGUGAAGGAGGAAACUGGGUGGGAAGAGAGUGAAAUCUAGAGAAAGCAAACUGAUCCGUGAUGUCCUGAGGGCUGUAAAAUGCAGUUUAUUCAGAGUGCCAUUUUCUUUUAGUUAAAAUGAUUUUUAAAGUAUGGAAUGCACAAUUUUUUAAUAUGCAAAUAAAAAAUUUUAAAACUUA